AUGUGUGCUGGGGGAUGGGCGCUCACAGGGAACUCUCUCCCAGGGCUGAGCCUGGACCCAUGGGACCAGGUCCCGGCAGGAAUCCACCUGACACCCUCCAUCUGGGCUGACCUAGGCCCCAUGGUCACCAAGGGAAGCCCUGUGACCAUAUGGUGUCCGGGGUCUCUGAGGGCAGAUGUCUACCGUCUGUAUAGAGAGAGGCCCUCUGGACUCUGGGAGGCUGAGGCCCCACGGGACUCCAGUAACAAGGCCAGUUUCCCCUUUGAAUCCUUGAGCUCAAGCCCUGCAAGGCAGUAUCAGUGUGCCUCUCGCAGCAGGAAAGACAGGGGUGCACAGAGCCCCCCCCCCUCAGCCCAGCCACGCCCUGUGGUGGCCUCACGAGGGAGCGUGUCCCUGGCACGCAGCUCACAGUCUGCAGCGGGCACUUUGCACCUGCUGAAGGAGGGAGGAAUGUACAGGAAACCCUCCCUCUCAGCCCAGCUGGGGGCCUCCGGACCCUGCACAGAGAACGUGACCUUGCAGUGUGGCUCUGAGGACACGGCUCCACGCUUUCAGAACAGCUUCACCUUGAGUCCUGUGACCUCAGCCCACAGUGGGACCUACACGUGCUACAGCUCACUCAGCACCUCCCCCUCCCUGAUGUCACAGCCCAGCGACCCCCUGGAGCUCUUGAUCUCAGGAGGCUCCGAGGAUCAGCUUCUCCCCCACACAGAGUCAGGCGUGCAGACGGGUCUCAAGUGGUACCUGAACGUUCUGAUCGGGGUCUCGGUGGCCUUCGUCCUGCUGCUCCUCGUCCUCCUCUUCCUCCUCGUCCGACACCGGGGUCAGGGAAGACGCGGGAAGUCGGAGAAGGGUUCUGGGGUGGCUUGGAGGCCGAUUCCCAACUUCCUGCAGCGGCUGCAGCAUCAGUGCUCGAGGACAGAGGCCGGCAGAAGAGGCAAGACCUCUCCCAAAGACGCCCACCCCGCCCGGCCCGCGCGCAGCUCCCGCACUGCCCCUCACACGCCUCUCUCCUCCCCCAGCUCCAGCCCAGCUGUUGACUUCCAGGAGGAGAGCUUGUAUGCUGUCGUGGAAGACACACAGCCGGAGGAUGGCAGGCAGCUGGACAGUCAGGCCGCGGCAUCUGAAGCCCCCCAGGAUGUGACCUAUGCCCAGCUGAACCACUCGACCCUCAGACGGGAGACUGCACCCCCCGCCCCCCAGUCAGGGGAGCCCCCAGCAGAGCCCAGCGUGUAUGCUGCUCUCGCAGUCCGCUAG